AUGUCCGACGAUACUAUCGGCGACAAGCCAGAGACCUCUACGGCAGAAAUGCUUCGUCGGUAUCAGACCACCGACAGUGUUAUGCUUCCUAUACCACGGGAUGUUUUUGAAAAGCUAUACCUUAGCCCCAAGACGCCAAAUGCAGGAAAGCUGCGUUCCACAUUUGGAAAUCCCACGCCGAUUUCAUUGAUGGGUUUCUUGCUGUCUGCGACGCCGACCGCAAUGCUUACCAUGGGAUGGAGAGGAGCAGGUGGAAACGGUGGUGCCAUUUUACCAGUCUAUAUCUUCUUCGGUGCAAUGGUACAAAUAUUCGGAGCAAUUGGCGAAUGGAUUCUAGGGAAUACAUUUUCUUGCGCAUUAUUCUUCACAUAUGGUACAUUCUGGCUGGUUCAGGGAACAUCGCUCAUGCCAUUCUUUGCCGUUGGCACAAUGUACUCGUCUGAUGGCAACACACUGAAAGGCAUGGAGACCGCUGAAUACAGCGCAACUGUCGGUUUCUACUACGUCACUCUCGCACUCAUCACCUUCGUAUACACAAUUUGCGCCCUCCGCACGAACGUCUGCCUCUUCCUCGCGCUCUUUCUGCUUGUGAUCACAUUUGGAUUAUUUUCAGGAAUAUAUUUCCAGAUGGCGCUGGGGAACCUAGUGCUGGCGGCCAAAUUACAAAAGGCGGCUGGUGCGUUCACCUUUGCCCUCUGUCUUCCGAUUUGGCAUAUUUUCAUUGCGCAGAUCCUCGAAGCGGUCGAUUUCCCCAUCGCACUGCCAGUGGGCGACCUAAGUACAGUCAUCCUGGGGAGGAGUCAGAAAGCCCGGAAGUGUGAGGUUGAGGGGUAG